AAGUUCAGAACACCUCACCUCCCUCGCGCAGUCGCAUCAUCAUCCCCCCCAAAAGUGCUUCUUUUACAGUGUCUUGGCACGCGUUCUAUACCCUCAGGACGCACGCAACCUCUCCUGUCGUAACUACAGAAAACUGCUCCUUUUUUUGGGCUUAACGUUACGUCAGCAGUCGAGGCUUGAAGACCUCCUCCUGAUCGCUCGUCAUCUGCUGUAGGGCCACACAGCGCUCACUCGCCAUGGCCUACUGGGUCGUCCGGACUGCCCUUCUCAUGGCUCUCGUCGCCUGCAGCCUCGCCGCCGUUGCUAUCGGAAUAUCUGACAUCAACCCAGAGUACCCUAACAUGUGUUGGGUAGCGAAGGCGAACAAGGCAUACCCACCCGGUACCCAGUGGCAGGAGCCUCACUGCACCAGAGCCGCUUGUACGAAGAACCGCUCCAGACUCACCAUUGAGUACGCAACGUGCGGGGUGAUGGGCGACGCACCCCUUGGGUGCAGGAAGGUUCAGAACCUGAGUCUGCCGUACCCACACUGCUGCCCGGAUCUCUCCUGCGACAAAACUGAAGCCACGAAGGAGGAGAAUAACGAAUCCGCGAACUCAAUCGACGGCAAACUCGUCCCUUCUGCCUGAUGGAGUUUCACACCUGUUUCGUGAGCAUUCAGGGAUUCUAAAGGUCUCUCUGAUUUUAAGAUUCCAAGAGUUCCAAGAAUGGCCUAGGAUUCCAAACGGGUGUCAAGAGGCUUCGAAGAAGGGAAGAGUCUAUGCAGACUCUUAUGAGCCUCACUGAGCCUAUGAGACGCGCGCUACACUGGGAUCAUCUGUAGCAACUUUACCCUCCAGGUCUGGGAUACCCCAGAAUAGUACAACCUCGGGCGAGGAGUGCCGAAGCCAAGGAACAGUUAAGCCAAUGGUGGCCUUAAGUAACUUAUACUCUUAAAGUUCCGUAGUUUACCACAUAUCACAAAGAUAGUUUUUUUAUUUGUUAAUUAAGCAUAUCAGCUUAUAUUUAUUUUUGUACAGUAUGUGUAGUAUGUUAGUGUUCUAUUGUUGAUCUUCUGUUAUUGUUCUACUAGAACUGUUUUUCCUGUUGUUAGCUAAUAGAGUGUGCCGUUAAGGACGGGUUUCAGUGAUCAAGUAUAUCGUCCGUGGACCAUCACCACACUGAUAGUGAAAGCUUAAGUUUUCAUACACCUUAAUGCUUUGUUACAUAUUAAAACUGACAAAUUUAUAUGUAUAUCGCUGAGAUUUAUAUAUAUAUAUAUAUAUAUAUAUAUAU